AUGAAGAAGAGGACAACCCCGGAGAGUAACCUAAAAGCAUGGAAUAAGGAGAAAGUCAGAGACAAGAAACAACUCCCUAAGGUUACAGACGAUAAGCCAAAAGCGAAUGACCCCCUAAGAAGGAGACAGAUACAAGACAACAAACACACGAAUAAGAAAACCCAGGAGUAG